CUGUAUCAGUUAUUUUCCCUCACUCCAUUUUAUAACAAAAGAGUAAGGAAGUUUGAACUCAGAAAGAUUAAGAAAUCCGCAAUUCGCAAAAUUCACGCUCUUAUAUAGGAAAUCAACCCAUCACCCAAUUGAAUACAGCAUUGUCAAUCUUGGAAUGGAACUCAGAUAGUCCCCAUCUUAAUUGUUUAGGGUCUCAUUUCAAAAGGAUUGUAGAUUGUUUGACUUCAUGUGCAAUGGCAACCGAGAUGUUUUAUGACAAGUUAGCUACCAAGAAGCUAGCUACUACGAACUUCACUGCCGCGAUAUUUUAUGCUUUAUAAGCCAAAAGGAGAUUCAGAGGGGAAGCUGAUUCCAGAUAUAGUGGUCUGUUAAGCCUUUGUGUGGCCUGUUGUAUCAAAGCAAAGGCAGAAUAUUGCAGGUUCCUUCCCUCCUCUUCUUUUGUGCUUAUGCUAUAAAGGUAAAAGGUUUUGCUAUCAAAUGCUUGUACGUAGUGUCAUUACAAAUUACUUGCAUACCAGAAACCAUUGUUUUUUUUUUGUUUGGUACGGAGUAAGAAUUAUUGUCAUCGUACGUAUUUGAAAUAAUUUUCUGACAUUGUUAUAUAAUUCGUAUACGAUCUCAUGAGUAAUGGCUCUCUGUAGGAUAAUUAAAUACUAGUCUGUGCCCGGGAUUUCUAUAAAAUUAGUAAAUAGAGUAUUAAUUUUAGUUUCCUUCUUUAUUCAUAUUAUAAUUUAAACUGGCCAACUUUUUAAUACUUUUAGUGUUUUUUUCCCUCUUGUUGAUAUUUUAAUUUCAUGCUUUGGUAGUGUCCUAUUUGGUUAAGCUUAAUUUAAGGGAAUUAAGGGUGAUGACGUGGAGUAGUUGUGGCUUGAGAAUUGGGGUUUUGGAGCAUUUACAUUAACCACUAUUCUGCUUUAAUAAUAUAGAUUCACCACUAGUAGUCUAGUAGUCUAGUAUAGGCAGAGUUUUCCUUGAAUCUGUGUUACUCAUUCUUCUCUCCUCCUUUUCCAUUGCCGGUUGUACCUUGCAAGUCUGUUUCUGAAUUUGGGUCACUUACUUUACAACCGAUUGUACUUUGUAAGACCGUUUUGAUAGCCUAAUAACAUAGGAAGUAAGUAGUUCAUAAUAUCGUCAUUUUAAUUGUUAUUUUUAAACUAAAAACUGGUAAAUCAAUUUUAAAGGGAUUUCGAGUUUUCGACUGACCGGGCCUGAUACGUAAAGAUACGAGAUCUAUUUUAACUUUAGAAGCUCCUUAGAUUUCCUGAAUAUAGUUGGGAUAUGGGAAUAUAUUUGACACCAACAUCUUCAAUCCCUUUUAUGUGUUUUGUUACUUUAUUUCUCACGCCUAAAGUUCUGGCUAGUUAACAAAGAUCAAACAAUAUGUAGUAGUUGAACAAGUUUCAACAUAACUUCCCUCUAUAUAAACCUAACAUGCAUUUCAGAUAAUAUGAGUCUUAAUUAAGAUGUAUUGAUUGAGUCCUUUUAGCUACUUAAUCAUCAUCCCUAUUAUCAAUCAACGCGCUUUUCGGGGAUUCAAGUUGCAAGCAUGACUAAUCUGGCUGCUCUUUUGAUCUUCUUAACCAUCAUUUCCGUUUCAAGUGCACAAGCAAUAGACCGCAUUGGUAUAAACUAUGGGAAGUUAGGUAACAACUUACCUUCACCAUAUCACUCCAUAGAGCUCAUAAAAUCCAUGAAAGCAACCAUGGUCAAGCUCUAUGACGCGGACCCUGAGGCCUUAAAACUGUUAGCCGGAACUGAUCUCCGUGUAUCUAUCAUGGUUCGUAAUGAAGACAUUGUUGAACUCGCAACCAAUGAGACCUUGGCUAGCCAAUGGGUUCAAGACAACGUGUUCGCGUACUACCCUUCAACAAUGAUCCGGUCCAUCAUGGUUGGUAAUGAAGUUUAUAGCAACCACAAUGCUGAACAAUGGGAUAACCUAGUCUUAGCCAUGCAACACAUUAAAAACACUUUACAUACACAUGAUAUACAUGAUAUUAAGGUUGGUACACCUUUAGCUAUGGACAUUUUAGGGUCAACUUUCCCACCAUCUAAUGGUACAUUUCGUGUCGAUACCUUAACAACUAUAGUACCCCUCUUACAAUUCCUUAAUAAGACUGGUUCCUACUUUUUUCUCGACGUUUAUCCUUAUUUUCCAUGGUCGUCUAAUAUAAACACUAUCGAUUUAAAUUUUACCUUGUUUAGAGGAAAUAUUACCUAUGUUGAUCCCGGUAGUAACUUGACCUAUACAAAUCUCCUAGACCAAAUGUUAGACUCGGUUUACUUUUCUAUGUCGAAACUAGGGUUUUCGAAUAUACCGAUAUUUAUAGCCGAGACCGGGUGGCCUAACCAAGGUGACCUUGACCAACCUGGUGCAAAUGAUUAUAAUGCAGCUAUAUAUAAUAGGAACCUUAUAAAAAAAAUUGUAGCGGACCCACCCUUUGGCACCCCAGCUCGACCCGGUACUAUAAUACCCACAUUUUUGUUCUCUUUGUAUAAUGAGAAUCUCAAGUACGGGCCGAGAACGGAGCGGUAUUGGGGACUUUUGAAGCCCGAUGGUACACCCGUUUACCCGAUUGAUUUGACGGGUAACCAAACUGUUUUUGGGCCUUUGCAAGAGCCCACAAACAACCUGGGUUACAAAGGUAGAUUAUGGUGUGUGGUGGAUAAGAUGGGCCAGACGGGUAACGCAAGUGAACUUGGGCUUGCUUUGAGGAAUACUUGUAGCCGUUUGAAUGGAACCUGUGAGUCAGCUCUUGGGCCUGGAAAGCACUGUUAUGAGCCCGUUUCUGUUGUUUGGCAUGCAAGCUUUGCCUUUAGUGCUUAUUGGGCUCAAUUCAGAAAUUGUGGCGAACCAUGUUAUUUUGGAGGGCUCGCAUCUCUCACCACUCGUAACCCAAGUCAUGGUAGUUGUCAUUUCCCAAGUGUUUCUCUUUGAAGAUCAACGGCACAUGAAGAUUAGGACAUAAUUCUUUGUUUAUUCAAUUGGAUAAUUGAAUUUCUUACUACUUUAGGCAUAUGUAGUUUUCAUGUUUAGGAAUUUAAUUACUAUCAUUGAUCUAAGGUCAAGAUGGGAAAUGUAACACUUGAGUUUGAAUUGAAUAACAAUUUUCUACCUUAUUUACACUA